GCCUGCGCGCGGCUCCUUCUACGUCAUCACGUCGCGCUCUUCUGCGAUGGAGCUUUCUGAGUGGACGUUAGCGCUCGCGGCCGCCGCGUCCGUCUGUUGUUGUUUGUAUUUGUGGGUUCGGUUCCGGCGGUCCGCGCGAGGGUUCGGGAGGAACCUGUGCGCUAAAAUAAUGGCCCGAACAGAGAAGCCGCUGUUCCGAAUCGCAUACACACUGUACACGCAAACCAGACUGGGCUACAUGUACUACAAGAGGCAGAUGAGGAAGGCCAGGCAGAACUACCCUGCUGGACAUUCCUCCGCGUGCCCUGCGGAGUUUAACGGUAUCAAGAUCAUUCCUAUCCCAGUUCUGUCCGACAACUACAGCUACCUGAUAGUGGACACGACCUCCAGCGUUGCAGUUGUUGUGGACCCUGCAGACCCUCAACUUGUCCAGGCAGUCCUUGAGGAUCAGGGAGCGAUGCUGGAAGCUAUCUUGUGCACACACAAGCACUGGGACCACAGCGGCGGGAACAAGGGACUGAAGCGGCUCCACAGCGCGUGCCCGGUGUACGGGAGCGCCGUGGACAACAUUCCCGGCCUCACCCACCCCCUCUCUGACAAAGACUCGGUAAAAGUCGGUCGGAUGCACUUUAAAGCUCUUUUCACUCCGGGUCACACGGUGGGUCACAUGAUCUACCUCCUGGAUGGCCAAGCGGUGGGCGCGCCCUCAAGCCUGUUCUCCGGAGACCUGGUCUUCCUCUCUGGAUGUGGGAGGAUGUUUGAAGGCAGCUCCACCACCAUGCUCUCCUCUCUGGACACGGUCGCCUCCUUGAGUGAUGGGACUCUGCUAUGGCCCGGUCAUGAGUAUGCGGAGGACAACCUGCUGUUUGCUGCGGAGGUCGAGCCUCGGAACUCCACUCGGGAGAACAAGUACCAGUGGGUGCUGCAGCAGCGCAGCCAGAAGCUGAGCACGUGCCCCUCCACCGUCGGGGAGGAGAAGCAGUACAACCCUUUCCUCCGCAGCCAAUCGGCGGAGCUUCACGUGGCGUUGGGGAUCCAGCCGUCCCAGGACGAGGACUGGACUCAGUUCAGGGCGCGGGUGCUGGAAGAGCUGCGCAAGCGGAAAGAUCUCUUCAACAGGAGGUCGUGACCCUGCAGCAGGAAGCUCUCACUGGUGCUGUGGACGAAUCCCACCUGCCUCAUGAAUCCAAAGGGGGGCAUUGAAUUAUUUUAAAGCCUAAAUCUACCCCACCCCCACACUUUCUUUAACCGGAUCUCUGACGGAUCCGGUUACACCCAUCAAUCCCUGUAGAUCCUUGUGCUUGUGGUCUAGGUGGGAGCGGCUGGACAUUUAGCAGUUAGGUCGAGUACAGAGUGCAGAUUUACAUGAAACGUGUUUUCUUCUCCAACGGAAACUCGCUGUGGUUUCUGGACCUCAGAGGAACACGAGUUCUCCAUCCUGCAGAAGAUCGAUCCCUGAGUGACGUCACUUCUGGACGACUGUGAGAGCCGACACUUUGGGAACACAGUGAGAUGAUCAUCAAUGUGAAGGGGCCAGGCUACGGUUCAUCCAGACUGUUGGUCUUCAGGUCUUCUCUGUUCACUUUCUUUUUUUUAGAAGAGCCUCUUCAUUUCUUCUUUGAUGGACCUUUUCUCACACACCAAGAAUGAGAAGGAUGCAGAUGUUAGCGCCUGAUGAGUCUUUGGGAUUUGAAUGAAUGUUCUGUGAAUGUAAAUGUGUGGCUGGAGUCACGGGAGAGGAAAGAUUUGACCCGUUACCUGAUUGGUGUAAAGGUACGAAGAGUUUAGUCUGCUGUGACGUUGGUUUUUGAGGAGCCUUGUUUUUGCACAACGUUUGGACCAAACUGAUUAAAAGUCAUUUGUUUUUGGUUCA